AUUUCGAGAAGAGAGGGAAGAAGGAAGUGUGCCCAAUACUGGAUCAGUUUCUUUGUCAUGUUGCUAAGACUGGAGAGACGAUGGUUCAGUGGUCUCAGUUUAAAGGGUAUUUUAUUUUCAAACUGGAGAAAGUCAUGGAUGAUUUCAGAACCUCAGCUCCUGAGCCAAGAGGGCCCCCCAAUCCCAACGUGGAAUAUAUUCCCUUUGAAGAGAUGAAAGAAAGAAUCCUGAAAAUUGUCACUGGAUUUAAUGGCAUCCCCUUCACUAUUCAGCGACUCUGUGAGUUGCUGACAGAUCCUAGGAGGAAUUACACAGGAACAGACAAAUUUCUAAGAGGAGUGGAAAAGAAUGUCAUGGUUGUCAGCUGUGUGUAUCCAUCCUCAGAGAAAAAUAAUUCCAAUAGUCUAAAUCGGAUGAAUGGUGUUAUGUUCCCAGGAAAUUCACCAGGGUACUCUGACAGAUCCAAUGUCAAUGGCCCUGGAACCCCCAGACCUGUUAGUCGGACGAAGGUUUCCUUGUCAGCUCCCAUGACAACAAACGGUUUGCCAGACAGCACAGAACACAAAGAGCCAAGCUUGCAGCAGCCAGAGGAGAAGAAACACAGUGAAUCACCAGCGUCGGAAGCAGAAGGUGCUCAGAGCAGCCCCGUGAAAAAUAAGCACUCUGAGGAUGAUCCUGCAGAAGCAGAAGGACAUGAGGUAAAAAGACUUAAAUUUGACAAGGAAGGGGAAGCCAGAGAUGCACCUAACCAAACUGCCUCCAGUGAAGUCUCUUCAGGCAUGGGAGAAGAGACAGAAGCAUCCUCUACAUCUCAGGAUAAAGAAAAAGAUGCUCCUUGUGCCAGACAGCACUGUACGGAGGAGGAGGAGGAAGAAGAAGAGUCCUUCAUGUCUCCCAGAAAUGUUGGCCCAGACAGAAAGGAUCAAGAGAAAGACACUGAGCCCUCAAGUGUGAAGGAGGAGAGCUCUGAGGACAACACUCACAUGGAGGAGUCCGACCAGUCCCAGGCAGGGAAGGAUUUACACUCUGCUGACAGUGAAAUCAGUGCAUCUGCCACUAGUGGAGCUGACUGCAGUGAAACAGAAGAGUUGGGCUCCUAUGCUAGUGAAACUCCAGAAAGUUCCUCAGAGACCCCCAUGGAAAACAGUGAUGAAGCCACAGAAGCUGCAGAUGAACCGAUGGAGCAAGACUAA